UUCGUCGGCUUAAAUCCGUCAGCAAAAGCUGCAGCUGCAAAGAAAGUGGUGGCGGCAUCCACAACACCGGCUGCAGAUUUGAAGGCGAAUUGUCUAUACGGAAGGAGUACGCCUAAACCGGCUAUAAGUAGAUACAGAGGAGUGCAAGUUUUCACUUACAAGGAGCUCGAAUUGGCCACCGAUAACUUCAGUGAAGCAAAUGUUACCAAGAAUGGAGGGUCGAGUGUGGUGUAUAAAGGGGUUCUUGUUGAUGGCACCGUGGUGGCCAUUAAGAGGCUUCACCGUGAUCGAAAGCGAGGGGAGCGCUCUUUAAGGACGGAGGUGGAUCUGCUAAGCCGGUUGAAGUCUCCUUAUUUGGUGGAGCUAUUAGGCUAUUGUGCAGACCAGCAACAUAGGCUUCUGAUAUUUGAAUUCAUGCUUCAUGGUACUCUGCAACAGCAUCUUCAUCAUCCCGGCGGUGAAUAUUGGCCGUUGAAUUGGGGAAGCCGGUUAAGGAUAGCCCUUGAUUGUGCUAGAGCACUCGAGUUCCUCCAUGAGCAUGCUACCCCUACUGUUAUCCACCGUGACUUCAAGUGCACAAAUGUAUUACUAAGCCAACACCUCCUUGCCAAGGUGUCUGAUUUCGGAUUGGCCAAAAUGGGGUCGGAUAUGAUCAACGGUCAGAUUUCAACACGCGUCCCGCGGUUCACGGGAAAUAUAGCUCCAGAAUAUGCAUCAACAGGCAAACUUACCACGAAAUCCGAUGUCUACAGCUACGGUGUGGUGCUUUUACAGCUUUUAACCGGUCGGAAGCCGGUCGAUAUCACGAGGCCUCCAGGAGAACAUGUCCUUGUUUCAUGGGCAUUUCCAAGGCUAACAAACAGGGACAAAGUAGAAGAAAUGGUUGAUCCAGCCAUACAAGGACAGUAUUGCAAGAAGGAUCUGAUUCAGGUGGCUGAUAUUGCUGCAAUGUGUGUGCAACCGGAAGCCGAUUAUCGACCUUUGAUGGUCUACGUUGUACAGUCACUGAUCCCUUUAGUUAAAAACGUCAGCUCCGUUAAUUCCGCCGGGUUCUCUAGAUUUAAUCGUCGAAGCACCGGUCUGAAGUAUUAG